UCCAUCCCCGGGGAAACCGGCAACACUUUUCCACGUUUGCAAGUUAAGGAUGAUGCUAGUGAACGUCUUCUUCUCCUGCCUCUCUGUAUUAUCCAGAUCUAGACCCAAUACAUGAAUUCACAGCACAGGGGCUCUCGCUCAGCAGGGAUUCCGGGCUUGUGUAUUUACUAGGGAUAAAAAUCUCAUUUCUGCAAUUCAUUGCUUCUCUGAAGGCUGGAAAUGUCACUGCCCGGCUGCUGCUUCUUUGCAGGGGAAUGCCAUUUCUGUGAAAAAGUGCUGCCUGCACCCCGAGUUACCGUGCUGCAAAAACACUGCCUGGUUUGGGGGGGCUUUGCUAUCCUUGCAGAAGUUAUCCAUGCCUUCAUUUGCUGGGAAUGCAAGUCCUGGCCUUCCUACCAUACACCUCCCUGUAUGAUGUCUUAGAAAACUCACCCUGAAAAGACAGUCUUCUCCCCAGCAAUGGCGUGCAAUGUGCACCUGAGCACAACAGGCUGGCCCUGUAGUCACAGAGCCGUUUUUGCAGCAUUUCUGGCCAUGUGUUGCUAACUCAGAUAGCUCAGACCCUUUGGAAAUUUCCAAAUUCAUGCUGAUUUCUAUUUCCUUAGAUCUUCUCUAUUGCUAAUCCUUUCACCCUACCACCUCCUGUGCCCAAUUCCUGUAAUAGCAUUCCUGGAAUACAGGUCAGUUUCCUUGACCAGAUAGUGUAGUGCAAAUGAGGUGUUUCUGAAACUCCCAGCAGAUGCCUGUUUAUGUCCCUAACCACACCAACACCUUUUCAAGUCAGGUUUGCUGUCACUCAAACACAAGCACAGGACUGAAGCUAUCUGAAGUACCUUCAGAAUGACCAGAUCCAUGAACCAGCAGCUGGGCUGCAGAUAUCCAAGGGGAAAGCAGAUGGCAACUCAUUUAGUCCAUUUUGCUACACACUAUUGUUUAUGAAGUGAGUUUUCAGGCACCUGAGGCUUAAUCAUGCCAAGAGGAUGAAUGCUUCCAGCUUAAGCAGACGUUAAAGGUACUAAUUUCCAGUACUGAGCCAUUAAAAAGAAAAACCUAUAGGGGGUUCUGUGAAGGAAGGACUGAAACCCAAAUUACAAGGAAGAUUAUUGAGGACACUCAAUAAUCUCAAAAAUUAACAUUGGCGACUUUCUAAAUCUUCUCUGUAUCUCUGAAAACAUAAGGGUGAAGGCUUGGUCUGAAAAGAAUGACACCCAAACCACCAAAGAGCUGGUGCUGGCCUUCCAUCCAAAACAAACAUUAGCAGACUUGGGCUGGUGAUUCCCCUUCACCCUCCUCCGCAGGUGCAGCCAGCACCCUCAGCUCAAACCUCCGUUCUCCUUACCUCAGUCAUCUAUGUGCUAAGCUAUUUUCCUCAUUCCUAUUUUCUCUAGGACUCCAGAUGUUUCUUCUGGCCUCACAAGAGCCUCCAGUGGCCUCUCAUUUUGCAGCAGGAUGUUAAAGAGCCUUUCUUUAUGCCAGUGUUUUUAUACAGCCAAUGAAUCAAAGAACAAGUCUUGACCUGUAAUUCAAAAGAAAUCAAUCUGAGGCCAACCCCUGCAAAGUGACUCUGUGGAUUCUAACUGAUAUAAUGCCUCUCCCCAUCAUACUGCCCUAAAGGUUAUCUUCAAGGAUUUUUGGAUCCAGGCCAUGUUAGCUGACUCAGGACAUGGCUACUUUCAGGCAUGACUGCAGUACAGAGCAGAGAUACUGGAGCUCCCUUUAAACUGGCUGGCAGCGCAGGCAAAGAAACAAAAGAGGUGAAAAUCCCACAGAGCCACCAGGAUGUGAUGCCCAAUGAUGAGCAGUAGUUACUGCAGCAACACUUCAGCCAGCAUGAGUGUCAACGAAAUGUCUGCCUUCCCUCUGACUUUAGAGCAAAAAACUGGCUUUGCCUUUGUGGGGAUUUUGUGUGUUUUCUUGGGACUUCUAAUCAUCAGAUGCUUCAAAAUCUUGCUGGACCCCUACAGUAGUAUGCCUUCUUCUACAUGGGAAGAUGAAGUUGAGGGGUUGGAUAAAGGAACAUUUGAAUAUGCUCUUGCAUGAAAACUCAAAGAAUAUCCUGCCUUAAAGUUGAUGUUGAUUUCAUUUUGGAAACCAACUGUUGUUACAUUUGUUAUACAUACCUGCAUUUUGGAGAUAUGUUGGUGGCAUCCAUUUUGUUAAAUAAAUACUUGUUGCAAAGUCAAAAGGCA